CCAUACCUGCAAGCAGCUUCUCGAAGGGCCAGACCCUCCAUGGGGCGCAGCUUCAGCUGCGCCCCAGGGUCCUCAAGCUCUGCCAUUUGCGCCGAAACGACGUGUCUGCUUGGCUCCAGCUCUGCAGACGGAAGGUCGGGAUCGCACUGCUGUCGCCUGCUCUCUCCAGAUCCGGUGAUGCAAUAUAAUGCCUUGGACCUACUGGGAGAGCGGUUGUUGACCGCUGUCCCGCCCAGUGCUUCUGUUGUCCUGGACAACGCGAAGUUUGGCAUGAUGGUGCUGGUGAUUCUGACGCAAUCCCUGACACCUAAUCUACCUAGUUACUUGCGUGUCCUGUCCUUGAUCAACCCAUUCCAGACGCGAACCUUUGCCUUUAUCUCGGGAUUCGUCAGCAAAAAAAUCUGCAAACUGGUACGAGGCAAUGCAUGCCUCCCGCAACACACUCCUGCAGAUCCUUCUCUUUGCUCUCUUCAUCGAACCCAUCUAUGCCUUGGCUGCGGGACAGGUUUGGACGCUCUCAGGAUACUUGUGGGAGGUCUACCAGAUGCUGGUGUUCCCAGGACAGAAUGUGCAGUGGUAUCUCUACGGCCUCGUCUAUUGGCGUUGUCAGGCCAAUCAGAUGGUGCUUGGCACGCCGUGGCGAACACGGCUUCUGCAAGCACUGGUGAUCUCAGCGAUCGGCAGGGUCUCAUACCUCAAGUUCUUGAGUCUCGGAGAAGUCCUCGGGUCUUGGCCUUUCUUCGUGGCAGGGCAGAUCUGUCGCGAGGAGUGGUCCACGUGGGAAGAGCUUUUCUCUGAAAGGAUGGAAGAGUCCCGCAUGUGGAAGAGUGGCUUCUUGUCUUUUCGUCCUUUGCAGUGGACGAUCGCGAUGAUGGUGUUCUUGUACCUGCAUGGGCUGACGUGCAGCCUGGGAGGACUACGCCGAUGCCCCACGUUGUCCUCCAGCCCCUGGACCAUCCAGGACCUUUAUCACCACGAUCACACCGGAUGGUUCUUGAAAACGCUGCUGCUGAUGCUAGGUGAUGUCUUUAUGCUGCUACAGGUCCUGAUCUUCCUGCUCUUCUUGUGCCCCAGAAAGGAGCAGGGCUUCACUGCCAUGGGGCGUCGGACCUUGUUCCCUUACCUCCUGCAUCAUCCGUUCAUGCCGCUCUUCACACGCCUCACCACAGAGACUUUCAAGGGUCUCGGUGGAGCGGCAGCAUGGACGGGGCUCUUGUGCAGCAGCAUCCUCACGGUCUUGGUGUUGGCUUCAGAGAUCUGUGGCCGUAUCGUUGGCCCGAUCGUGCAGCCCUUCACAAGAGACUAGAGAAACCAGCAAUGAGUUGUCGAGCUCCAGGAAGCUCCAGUGUUCGAACGUGCACGGAAUGAAUUCGGCGGAGAGAGUAGUCGUGUGGUGCCUGAGGGGCAGGUUUGAAGGUGCCCCCACCUAAGGCUCAAUUUGAUUUGUGGGG